CUCCGAGCUCACCCGUCGGUUUAGUCUCUGUGUGUCAGCAGAAGGAAGAGGUUCUAACUUAAGUAAACAUUGACAGACUUCAGCCGCAAAUACGUUUUUAUUUUGAGCACACGAAUGGUGAAAAUAUCCGUGGAGCUUUUGUUAAACAGCAAUAGUUUUGGUUUGUAGAAGGCACCCGAAGAGUCGUGUUUUCCCGAAGCUAUCAUGCUAAACACAGAGGAAAGUUCCUGGUUAAUGGGCUCGUUGAUGCCCUGCUCCAUCCCUCAGGCUCCAGGGCCUCUGUGGUGCUCCGAUGCCCCUCACCCACAGCUGAAGAUCCCGGGUGGGCGAGGGACUGUCAGGGAUCACUCUCACAGCGUGCUACUACACAAGGAUGACAAGUUGACGGUGACGGAGGCCGCUCCAGUGAACGGGAACCCCGCUGUUCUCCGCUUCCACUACCAGCUGAGCGAGCGCCGCGCAGCAUUCUGGGACACGGCUCUGUCUGCAGACAGCCUCUUCCUGGAGAUCCCAGCGGGUCCGCUGGUGGAAGGGAGCAAAGAGGGCCUCACCGCCCUGCUGGAGUUUGCAGAAGAGAAGCUGCAAGUUAACUUUGUCUUCCUGUGGUUCCAUAAAAGCAGAGAAGAUCGAUUUUCCAUCAUCAGGACUUUUCACUACAUCGGCUUCGAGAUGGUGAAGCCGGGUAACCCCAUGGUACCGGCCCGGCCCGAUCUGGCUUUUAUGGUCUACUCUCUGGACAACAGCAGCUCUGAUGAAGAGUGACCGCCUCCUGACUCCUAUAAAGGAAAGCAGCUGGACGUUCAGGAGAAGCAGCGAUUUGACAUUAAAGUUCAGCAUAUCUCCUCUGACAGCUUUUACUUUACUUUUGUGUUUUCUUUUUUUAUAACAAGACUGUGGGGGUGCAAAUGGUGAACAGUGGGGGAGGGGCCUGGCCAACAGAAGCUAGUUUUGCUCUGCGCUGUAGACAGAUCCACAGUUAAGCCUUCGUUUCCCAGCAGAUCCUCAUGUCCAGGCAUCAUUCCAGCACCUUUGACUGUUUCAUAAGCUUCAAAACAACCCACCCCCCCCUCAACCCCCCUCGCCUGAAUCUCCCCAAAACGAUAAGCUGCGUUCAACGGCACAUGGAGACAAAAGUUGUCCAAACGAAGCCCAGCUUUAAUGCUGUUUCUCAUCGUCCCUGAGGACACAUCCACCACACUGCGCCACACCCAGGAGGGUUUGUUCAGGUGUGUGCCUAAAGAGGCCAGUGCAAUGCUUUUACUCUGAAGUCUUAUUGAUCCACGCUGAUUCAGAAGAAACCAGGAAGUGAUCACUUUUAUGCAAAUACCGAGUUCAAUCCUGAUUGUGUUUUAGUUUUUGUUAAAAAUCUCAUGAAAAUGCCAAAGAAUCCAGUCUGAUCCAGAUCAUCUUACUUCCAAAGCCCUGCUUAUCUCAACCUGAUAUGGUAUGUAAAGCAAUCUUAACCUACAUUCCCCACAUGCACCAUAUUUCUGCUGCCCCCCUCACAGAAACGAGCUGGUUUUCCUCCUUCCUGCAUGUGAUCUGAAAUGCUAACACAUGAAGAUUCUCAGAGGUCUAUUUUUAUCUAUGAAUGUUUCUCUACUGUUGUGAUAGUUUCAGGGUUUUGUUUUUUUUCUUCUGUUCUGAUUAGUUAGCAACCAUUAUGUUACAGCUCACACUUGUAUUCUUCACAGUUUAUUGCCUUUGUGGGUGAGUGAAUAAAAAAUGAUGACAAACUUG